AUGUUUACAAAUUCAUAGUUGUGGUCUGUAUUGUAUGUAUCCGGUUAGUUACGCUUCAAAAUGUAUUCUCUAAUUUAUAUUUUGAGUUCUCGGUUGUUAAAGACGAUUUGAUAGUAAGCCUAGUGUUAACCAUGUCUAGUCAAUUUAGCUACUUUAAGUUAACGAAAAACGGUUGAGUUUGCUCACUUAACAUUUAGCGUGAAGUUAGCAAACGUUAACGUCAGCUAUCUAUUUUUUUUCAAGAUAGCUUGCCAACUCACUCAGUCAGCCAAUUUGACUCAGUAGCAAAUUAAUUGAGGAGCUCACCCUGUCAGCCAACAUGGUUGUAUUGUAUUUACUAACGUUACUUAGCUAGUAGCUCGCUAGCAUGUCAACAUAGCUGGAAUGCUACUAGUGUUUGCUUAGGCUAACGUCAGUGAGGUGUCCGACAGAGUCAGGUUUGACAAUGAGUGCCGAAAUCAAAGUAAGACGACAGUCCUCGAGGAAGCGGUCCAGAGAUAGACGAAUAAGUCAUCUCACGCCCGCAAGGAAAAGGACCAGUGCUUCUGGACGACAAUGUCCUGACAACACGGGACAGAUAGAGCUUUCCAGAGCUUUGGACAAAUCCAUGGAUGCAACGUUCAGUGAGUACUGCAGUGACCCUGAGGACUUAUUUGGGGACUAUGACAGCAUUGUAAGCGACAGCUCUUUCCUGGCAAAGCUCGAUAGAGUGGGGCAGAACAUGAGACAGCAUGACAUUGACCAUACAACCAGCAGCAGAUGCCCGGUGAUUCUGCUUGCUGGGAACCCUGACUUCACUUCACUGAAGUCUUCAACAGACAACUGUCCGAAACAAUCAUGUGAUGACUCAAUGACAGAAUCAUUCCUGGAGGGCUUCACAGAUGAUGCUUUCCUAGACAUGCCAAGCUCACAACUCGCUUUUCUACAAGAUCCCCAAACAGCAGACAGGAACUGCUGUACAGAUGAGGACAAAACCUCCAUGCCUAUGAGACAUCCUGAGAAGUCUGUCAGCACUGAAGAAAGAAAUGAGAGGCAUAUCGCCCCCAAGGCAAGGAAGAGCGUGUCCGAUCAUCUGAAGAGAGCUAUGAUGGCUAAUGCAGCAACUCCUUCUAGUGUCUCCCGGACUGCAGUGCAGAAGGAGGCCGUAGUUACAGAGGAGAUCAGUGUUGCCAUGCAGGCUAUGGAAUCUGUCUCCAUGGCGACAACAGACCUUGGGCCUUUCUUUGGUCUUCCCACCAAAGUGAAGGAGCUGAUAUGCAAUCUCAAAGGAAUCAAAGAUUUAUAUGAAUGGCAGAAAACUUGUCUAAACCUGGACUCAGUUCAGCAGAGGAGAAACCUCAUCUACUCUCUUCCCACCAGUGGUGGGAAGACUUUGGUGGCUGAGAUUCUUAUCCUCAAAGAGCUUCUGUGCAGAAAGAAGGAUGCCCUUUUCAUCCUGCCUUACGUAUCUCUAGUGCAGGAGAAGGUAUUGUGGUCAUUGUUUUGUUUACGAAAUGUAUAUAAUUCCUCUUUCAUCCAACUGUACAAAGGAAUUAUAAUUAAACAUUUUUGUAUGUCAAUGGCAAAUCUGAGCACUGUGUUUUGCAUGCAUUCCCAGGUUCGAGGGUUGGCCAGUUUUGGCCUGGAGCUAGACUUCAUGGUGGAGGAGUAUGCUGGCAGUAAGGGCAGGUUCCCUCCAGUGAAGGGAAGGGGCAAGAGGUCCCUGUACAUUGCCACUAUAGAGAAGGCACACGGCCUGGUAAACUCUCUCAUAGAGACCAACAGACUGGACAAUGUGGGGCUGGUGGUUGUGGAUGAGCUCCACAUGUUGGGUGAUGGUAGCAGAGGAGCUAUCAUUGAGAUGACUCUAGCCAAAGUGCUCUAUAUCAGUAAAUCAACUCAGAUCAUUGGAAUGAGUGCUACUCUGGGCAAUCUCCAAGAUAUACAGAAGUUUCUGAAGGCAGAGAGCUACACUAAUGACUUCAGACCGGUUGAGCUGAAGGAGUAUGUGAAACUGAAGGACAGCAUAUACGAGGUGGACCCCAAGGAGGAGGAGUGCUUCAGAUUCUCUCGGGUCCUGAACUUUAAGUACUCCAGUGCCAUGCAGAAGAUCGAUCAGGAUCAUAUUGUUGCCUUGGUGACUGAGGUCAUUCCAAGCCAGUCUUGCCUUGUUUUCUGUCCCACCAAGAAGAACUGUGAGAACGUGGCUGGGAUGAUAUGCAAGUACCUGAAAGAGGACUUUAUCCAACACAAGCAGGCAGAGAAGGCUGUGUUGCUGGGGGAGCUGAGGAGCAGUGGGAAUGGCUGCCUGUGUCCGGUGCUCAAGAAGACUGUGCCGUACGGCCUGGCUUACCACCACAGUGGGUUGACCAGUGAAGAGAGGAAGCUGGUGGAGGAGGCCUACUCUGCAGGGGUUCUCUGUCUCCUCACCUGCACUUCUACGCUGGCUGCAGGGAUCAACCUACCUGCUCGGAGAGUGAUUCUGCGUUCUCCAUACGUGGCGGCAGACUUCCUGAAGAGGAGCCAGUACAAGCAAAUGGUGGGGAGGGCUGGACGGGCCGGGAUAGACACUCAUGGAGAGAGCAUCCUCAUUCUACAGGACAAAGACAAAGUCUUGGCCAAGAAGCUUGUAUCCGCGCCAAUGGAAAUCUGCAAAAGCAAUCUAAUGCAUAGCGACGGAAAGGGUGUCCUGAGUCUCAUCCUAUCCGUCAUUGGAUUAAAUAUCACGAACAGCUUAGAGCAGAUCAGGGACUUCAUGAGUGGCACGUUGCUGUCUGUCCAGGAGAAACAGGUGUGCUUGGAGAGGAGCCUGUGGGAGGUGACACAGGAGUGUGUUGAGCUGCUUAAAGAGAAAGGCCUCGUCACCGUUUCCACAGAGCCACAAGAUGGGUCCCUGCAAGUCACCAAGCUAGGAAGAGCUACUUACAAAGGCUCAGUGGAUCUGACCUACUGUGACCUCCUGUAUAGAGACCUGUCUAAAGGCCUGGAGAGCCUGAUGCUGAACAGUUUCCUCCACCUCAUCUACCUGGUCACACCCUAUGACAUGGUCUCCCAGUGUAAGCCUGACUGGAUGGUCUACUUCAGACAGUUCACAUUGUUAUCAGCUGCAGAGCAAAAGAUGUGUGCAGCAGUUGGUGUGUCUGAAAGUUUUGUUGCUAGAAAGGCUGCUGGACAGAAUGUCAAGAAGAAUGUUGACCAGGUAGUGGUGAGUCGGCUGUACCUGGCCCUGGUACUGCAGUCCCUGCUGAAGGAGACUGACCUGUGGAGCGUGGCUGACAGGUUCCAGCUCAGCCGGGGCUUGAUCCAGACACUACUCAGCUCUUCCUCAGUAUUCUGCUCCUGCGUGCUGCACUUCACCGAGGAGCUGGAAGAGUUCUGGCCCUUCAAAGCUCUCCUGACUGAGCUUACCCGCAGGCUGACCUACUGUGUCCAGGCCGAGCUCAUCCCUCUCAUGGAGGUAGCAGGAGUCAUGGAGAGAAGAGCCAAGCAGCUGUACAAUGCUGGAUAUAAGACACUGGCUCAUCUGGCCAACGCUGACCCAAACGUUCUCGCCAAGACUGUGGAGAACCUCUUCAAGAAGCAAGCUAAUCAGAUUGUUGCUUCGGCAAAAAUGCUGCUGAAUGAGAAAGCUGAUGCCCUUCAGGAGGAGAUGGAUGACUUAUUGAUGAUGCCUCUUGAUCUCCUCUCUUUGUAAAAUGUUGCUGCAGUAGAUUUAUUGUGUGAAGAAUACUUUUAUUUUGCUUGGUGUGUUAAUACUUUUUAGUGGUGUAUCAUUGUUUGUCGGAGUGAUAUUAUAAAAUGUAUUUUUGGGAUGUGGAAGAUUUCUUUCUUUUUUUUCUUUUCUUUUUUUGAUCCCAUAGAGAUGAAUAAAAUGCUUCUGUGAGCAUCAAAAUCAUGAAAGAAUUCA